CCAGGCUUUUACAUGAAGUUCUCUCCAUCAAAUCAAAUCCCCCACCCCCCUGUCCAGCUCAGCCCCUCUUCUCCUCUCCUCGAGUGAGAGAGAGAGUGCAGUAAAGAAAAGGACAGUUGCAGAAAAGGAUGCAUCGCCUUGCUGCUGGUAUUCCUGAGUGCAUGCCUGGAAACGAGCAAACCGGAAUACAGCAAGACAGACUUCCAGCUUUUCCUCAAGCGAAGGAUUUCCAUUUUGGAAUUGCUAUCGGAAGUCCUCAUGCAAAUCACCCAUCGUUUGAAUCGGAGCUUUGAUGCGUGGCAGUUUUGUGCAAUAAUGAACGUUUGAACUGUGCGUUCGGAGGAUUUGCGUGUCAGUGUGAGCUGAGGAGAAGUCUGGCUCCGUCACACACGCAAGCUCGCAUCAAAUGCCAGCGCUUUACUGUCUAUGGAAGCGUGAGCUCAGAAUAAAUGCCUUAGUCAUAUGCGCGCAUGCUCCGAAAAGUUCUCCCAUAGAACGUUUUAAAUGUUGACAGCUCGAUUGGAACGGUAAACGACACCCUAAAAUAGCUGAAGUAAAACAUGAGAGAGAUUCACCGCAGAUCUGGUGUUGGUAACCGCAGUAAAGGCAGAAGGGAAGCGGCUCGUCGGUUCAGGGUCGUGCGUAAAGACGCCGGCGAGCAUCGCCGGGACCCGGUGCUCUCCAUCUGGCGCUCUGCUGAGGAACAGCCGCUGUCAGGGCUGGAGAGAGUGACCGAGACCAAGUGGAGAAAUGAGACUCAACAGUUUGCACUAUAUAACUGUUCGAAUUAUUGUUUGUAAAUAUUCAUUUUUUAUCAAUUCUUACUAUUCCUGUAGGUAAAUACUACAUUUAGACGUCCAAGUAUAGUAUUAGUAAAAUAUAUUUAUUCAACUAAGCAAACUACUAUUAUAUUUAUCCUACAUUUUUGAUUGCAAUAACCAGAGUUAAUACAUAAAUGCCUUUUUUUCUAGCUAGAUUUACGUUUAAAGAUUAGAAUUGCGGCAUAUUAGCUCAAAAUGUUGCAGAGUUGUACAUCGAUGCAUAUGAGAUUACUUAAAGAAGGCAAGAAUAAAAGUUUUUCUGGAUUUGUUUAGUGGUCACCAAAGCCAGAUUUGAGAGCAGAGUGCAUAUAGACACAUGAUUACAACCAAACAUGGUGUGGGCAUUCAUCGUUCUGUUGACCUUUAAAGGAACUCUUGACCUUCCAAGGGAAAAGAACCAUUCACAAGUUAAACAGAAGCAAGUGACUUAAAACAAAAAAAACAAAAAGACUGGAUUAUGAGCGGAGAUGGACAGUUUGGACAAUUUGUCUUUCUUGGUGGCUUGAGAUUACUCUUCUGGAUCCUGGACGGGAAUAAUUAAGGAGGAUUAAGGGAUUGUUUAUUCCGCCCCUUAUAGUUGCAUUCUGCUAUAGAAAACGCUCGGCUCCGGCGGAAGAGCAUCGCCACCGGGAAACAGCCAAGCAUGGAGAUCCCACCCACUGCCCCCCCACAACCCUUCCGACAAUCUGUGAGUACCCCGCCGACCCGUCCCGGAUCCCUGUCUCCCUUCCUCUCCCUCUCGCUCCCGUUCGCACCUCUGCCCCUGUCUCCCUCCGCCGGCCUCUCCACUUCACAGUCUCAGAAGAGAGUCAGCACCCCUCUGCUUCCCCGUUCCCUGCCGCUCUCCCCGAGCGUCUCUCUGACUCUCCCUCCCUCUGUCCCGCUCUCUCAUUGGGCUGCUGGUGAGUGGAAGGUUGUGGGUUCUAAUCCAGGGACCGGACCCAGUGUGGCAGCUCUGCCCUCUCUUGAGAGUUUCCUCAGUAGAAGACUGAAGGGGUCCAUUAAGCGGGCCAAGAGUCAGCCCAAACUGGACCGAACCAGCAGCUUCCGUCACAUGAUCCUCCCUCGUUUCCGCAGCGCUGACCAAGACCGGACUCGUCUGAUGCAGAGCUUCAAAGAAUCACACUCCCAUGAGUCUUUGCUGUCUCCCAGCAGCGCAGCCGAGGCCUUGGAUCUGACACUUGAUGAAGAUGCGGUCAUCAAGCCUGUUCACUCCAGUAUACUGGGACAGGAGUACUGCUUUGAGGUGAUAACCACUUCGGGAACAAAGUGUUUUGCCUGUCGGUCGGCCGCGGAGCGAGACAAAUGGAUAGAGAAUCUGCAGAGAGCUGUCAAACCAAACAAAGACAACAGUCGGCGCGUCGACAACGUUCUGAAGCUGUGGAUCAUCGAGGCCCGGGAACUCCCUCCCAAAAAGCGCUAUUAUUGUGAACUGUGCUUGGAUGACAUGCUUUACGCCCGCACCACCAGCAAACCCCGAACCGAUACCGUCUUCUGGGGUGAGCACUUCGAGUUCAACAACCUGCCAGCUGUCCGCAACCUCCGCCUUCACCUUUACAAAGAGACGGACAAGAAAAGACGCAAGGAGAAGAGCACAUACCUGGGCUUGAUUAGCAUUCCCAUUUCCAGCAUCACUGGUCGUCAGUUUGUGGAGCAAUGGUACCCGGUCAUUCAGCCCAGCGUCCUGACCAAGGGUGGUGGUGUUGGAGGGGGCAAAAUCAUCAACGCCUCCCUGCGGCUCAAGUCACGCUUUCAGACCAUGAGCAUCCUGCCCAUGGAGCUGUAUAAAGAGUUCGCAGAGUAUGUGACCAACAACUACCGUACGCUGUGUGCCGUUCUGGAGCCGCUGAUGAGUGUCAAGAGCAAAGAGGAAGUGGCCUGCGCUCUGGUGCACAUCCUGCAGAGCACAGGGAAGGCCAAGGAUUUUCUUUCAGACAUGGCGAUGUGUGAGGUGGACCGAUUUACCGAUCGAGAGCACCUGAUCUUCAGAGAGAACACCCUGGCCACCAAAGCCAUAGAAGAGUACCUCAAACUCAUCGGACAUAAGUACCUCAAAGACGUUUUAGGGGAUUUUAUCCGUGCGCUGUAUGAGUCAGAGGAGAACUGUGAAGUCGACCCAAUGAGGACUCCACCUUCUGUGCUGCCCGAACAUCAAGCCAACCUCCGGAUGUGCUGUGAGCUGGCACUCUGCAAAAUCGUCAACUCGCAUUGUGCGUUUCCAAGAGAAUUGAAAGAGGUGUUUGCAUCCUGGCGUGUUCGAUGCGCUGAGAGGGGAAGAGAAGACAUUGCAGAUCGACUGAUCAGUGGUUCCCUCUUCCUGCGCUUCCUGUGUCCAGCCGUCAUGUCGCCAUCCUUAUUCAACCUCACGCAGGAGUACCCCGACGAGCAGACCUCACGCACACUCACCCUCAUAGCCAAAGUUGUGCAGAACCUUGCAAACUUCUCAAAGUUUGGCAGUAAGGAGGAGUACAUGUGCUUUAUGAAUGAGUUUUUAGAGAUGGAGUGGGGCUCCAUGCAGCAGUUUCUAUACGAGAUCUCCAAUCUCGACAGCGUGAGCAACGCAGCUGCUUUUGAGGGCUACAUCGACUUGGGAAGGGAGCUCUCGAUCCUGCACAGUCUUUUGUGGGAAGUCAUGGCACAACUAAGCAAGGAUGCUAUCAUUAAACUCGGACCAUUGCCCCGACUUCUGAAUGACAUCAGCAUGGCCCUUCGUAACCCUCACCUCCAGCGACAGCCCAGUCAUCAGACGGACAGACCGCCUCCAGAAAGACAGACAGACAGGUUGCUCUCCAGGCCCAGCUUCAACAGGGGCGUCUCGUCUGAGUUCCAGAACCUCAUGAUGAGGGACCUCAACAGUUCAGUUGAAAUCACUCGCCUGCCCUCUCCAACCUCUGCCAUGUCCAGUGGCGUCGCCCCUCCGUCCCGGGCCGGAAUGGGAGGGUUUGCAGACCACGAUCAUCCUCACCGAGCCUCAUCUAAAGACGUUUUCUAUGUCGCCCGUCCCCCGUUGGCCCGCUCCAGUCCAGCGUACUGUACUAGCAGUUCUGAUAUUACUGAUCCAGACCCAAAGGAUUCAAGAAUGAACAGCGUCUCUAACCUGCAGUCUGUGGGGGACAUGCUCAACUUUUCCCAGGCCUCGAUUGCUGGCCUCGGCAGCUACGGUGGGUUCCCGGGCUUGGGAGGAGGCCUCGGAGGCCAGCUGCGUGCCGGAGGGCGUAUGUCAGCCGGAUCCGGGGGUUCCAGCAUGUCCGGGGGUCUGAGGUUGAACCAGCUGAGCCAGAUGGGAACCACCACCGACUCGCUGUCCCAGCAGCAACAGCAGCAAGCCGCCGCGCUCCGCUACCCCCUCUCCUUCCAGAACCCUCUGUUCCACCUCGCUGCUGAUGGUCCUCAGCUUCACCACCAGCACAGUCGAGCUCAACCUCCUCCUCCUCUCCUGUUGGCCCCAGAGCCGGACGCCUCUCACCCCGGUUACAUCCCGCAGUUUGCCCACGGUGGCUUCUCCCGCAGUGAGGACCUCUCCACCCUCAGACCCGGCCCUCAUCUGGGUCAGCCGAGCAUCAUUCACUCCCACAGCUACAGCGACGACUAUAGCCGCCAUAACCAGAGCGAAUACGGGCGACGCCAGAUCCCCAUGCACAUGCAGGAGCAGCAGCAGAUGGCAGGCAUGGCAUCACAGACCGGCACAUCUCAUUCAUCGCUCGCCACGCCUCCUUCCACCGUUCAGCCUGUCCGUCAAAGCUCCAUGGCUCCUCCCACGCAGCGCAUGAAAUCACAACCCUCACAUCAGCUUUCCGUGAGUUCUGCCGCCGCCGCCGCUCCUGCGGGCAAGACCAGGCCACAGAGCGGAAACCUGCUCCAGUCCCCGGAGUCUGGCUUCGGGGGCCGGCAGCAGGGCCCUCGGCAGCAGCUGUCGGUCAAAGACAGCACCCCGCCUGGCCUGCCGCAUCAGCAGAGCUCCACCAGAGAGAGCCAGGGAUCGCAGGGCUCUCAGGGCGGAACGCCACAGUCCACACAGCAAUCCAAAUCACAUCAGGAACGACAGCAGAUCCAGCAACAGCAUCUGCUCAAGCCUACCAUGAGCAAACAGGGCUCUUCCCAAUCUCCAACCACCCUCAACCCCUCGAUCCCUGCCUCUGAGCGAACGGUCGCCUGGGUGUCCAACAUGCCCCAUCUUUCUGCUGACAUAGAGAGCUCCCGCAUCGACCGAGAGGAAUACAAACUCAAGGAGUAUUCAAAGAGCAUGGACGAGUCGCGUCUGGACAGGGUGCGUGAAUACGAGGAGGAGAUCAACUCUCUGAAGGAGCGUCUGAUGAUGUCACACCGCAAGCUGGAGGAGUACGAGAAGAGGCUGUUAACUCAGGAGCAGCAGACCAAUAAAAUACUGCUGCAGUAUCAGAGCCGGCUGGAGAACAGCGAGAGGAGACUGAGACAGCAGCAGAUGGAGAAAGACAACCAAAUUAAAGGAAUUAUCGACAGACUGAUGGCUGUGGAAGACGAGCUGAGGGGAGGGGUGAUGCCUGAGCACAAACCCAGGAUGUUCGCAGACCAGGAAAAGCAGCUUUCCGCCUUGGAUUCAGCAGACACCGGUGUGAGUUUUGGAGGAGAAUUGACCAGUGCUCAAGGAGUUGUUGGAGUCUCCCAAUCGGACAAAUCCUCCACCCGAUCCCCCCUGAAUGGAAUCUUGUCCUUCCCGUUAGCCUCCCCUCCUCAUUCCCGUCCUCACGCACAACUCUGGCCAAAUGGGGAACUCUUCGGCAACCAAAAAUCAGCAACGGCAUGGAGGGCAAGUUUGGAGGGGGAGCAGGUCAAUAACAACACUGACCAAAUCCAAUUUUUAUUUUAAGAAUUCCGAAGAAAAACUCAUGUUCUUUGUCAUCCGCAUUGAUGGAUGAAGCUUCAGCGGUUGUUUUAUUUUGUGCAUUAGACUGAGGACAAGUGGAAGGUGGGACACACCAUUAGUUACUCCAUCCAAAAUAAAAAGGGCUCUCCAUUGGAUCCGAUAUGUUAUUCCAAAAUCAUGUUUUCUUUGGAUCAAAGUUAAAAGCCCUUUGCACAUAUAGUACCUCUGCCACCACAAGUCAUCCAAACCACUGGAAAGUGCUUGUUUCAGGUUCCAGGUUUUUUGACUGAGCUCCCUCGUAUUCUGUAAAAAAUUCCAAGAAACUGGGAACGACCCAAAGAACGAAGGGCAAACAAACCAUAAGUUCAUUUUGAAAUGUAUUGAGGUCGAAAUUUGACUGAUGAACACACACCGGCUUUGUCUUGGGGAUUCUGUCAUGUCGUCUGGCUUCCCUAGUGCCUUUCUGUAUCUCCUGACAGGGUUUUCAAAUGAACGCAAGAGUAACGACAGCAGAAUUGCAGAAAUGGUUGCGCAAAUGCCGCUCUCUUCUCAAGAUCGCUCAUUUAGGAGAGACUGAUGUGUUCUUCUGUCUCAAUGUAAUGCUGAAAAUGUCAAGCUUUGGAAUUCGACCGUGGCUUGGGUUUUUUUUGUGGACAAAUGUCUGGAAAGUGCUUGUGGUCUUUGAAUUGCCUCACUAGACUGAACUUGUGCAAUGUUUUCUCUUCUCAAUCUCAGAACCUAUGUGUAUUUAACUGGUGCUAUGGAUUCUCAAAGCAUUGCUCUCUGUCACAUCACCACCUCCCAUUCUGUCAUCAUCCUGACUGUUCAUAUGUGUCUUCGUCCUUCCAUUUAUCUCCUUACAGGCCGAUUCCUUUCAGUGUGUGUCUGCAACGUGAGGUGAGUGCGAGGUGAUCUCUGUCAGGUCAAAAACCUUUUGUCUUUUUACUAAAACGAGAUGCUAGGCCAGAAUGCAGUUGUGGUCGUUUUUA